UGAGGAAACCUGCCACUUCUAGCAGCUCUGCCCUCCCCUUUGAAGAGCGACUUGCCCCACGCCGGAGCGCGGCUCCAGCCCGCUCCUGCCUCGGGCUCAGCCGGUUCAUCAGUCAGUCUGUCCACGCUCCCGACGGUGUUGUGUAGCUCCUACAGCAGGACGUGCCCCGAGAUGGAGAGCAAAGCACUGCUCCUGGUGGCUCUGGGCGUGUGGCUCCAGAGUCUGAUCGCCUCCCGCGGAGGGGUGGCCGCCGCCGACAGAAUUAUAGAAGGAAGAGGUUUUACAGACAUUGAAAGUAAAUUUGCUCUAAGGACCCCUGAAGACACAGCUGAGGACACUUGCCACCUCAUUCCCGGAGAGACAGAAUCUGUGGCUAACUGCCACUUCAACCACAGCAGCAAAACCUUUGUGGUGAUCCAUGGCUGGACGGUAACAGGAAUGUAUGAGAGUUGGGUGCCAAAACUUGUGGCUGCUCUGUACAAGAGGGAACCAGACUCCAACGUCAUUGUGGUGGAUUGGCUGUCACGGGCCCAGCAGCAUUAUCCAGUGUCUGCGGGAUACACCAAGCUGGUGGGAAAGGAUGUGGCCAGGUUUAUCAACUGGAUGGCGGAGGAAUUUAACUAUCCUCUGGACAAUGUCCAUCUCUUGGGAUACAGCCUUGGAGCCCAUGCUGCUGGCAUUGCAGGAAGUCUGACCAAUAAGAAGGUCAACAGAAUUACCGGCCUAGAUCCAGCUGGACCUAACUUCGAGUAUGCAGAAGCUCCAAGUCGCCUUUCCCCCGACGAUGCGGAUUUUGUGGACGUCUUACACACAUUCACCAGAGGAUCACCUGGCCGGAGUAUUGGAAUCCAGAAACCAGUAGGGCAUGUUGAUAUUUACCCCAAUGGAGGCACUUUCCAACCAGGAUGUAACAUUGGGGAGGCUAUUCGUGUGAUUGCAGAGAGAGGCCUUGGAGACGUGGACCAACUAGUGAAGUGCUCCCACGAGCGCUCAAUUCAUCUCUUCAUUGACUCUCUGUUGAAUGAAGAAAAUCCAAGUAAGGCCUACCGGUGCAAUUCAAAGGAAACCUUUGAGAAGGGGCUCUGCCUGAGUUGCAGAAAGAACCGUUGCAACAACUUGGGCUAUGAGAUCAAGAAGGUCAGAGCCAAAAGAAGCAGCAAAAUGUACCUGAAGACUCGCUCUCAGAUGCCCUACAAAGUGUUCCAUUACCAAGUAAAGAUACAUUUUUCUGGGACUGAGAAUGAUACACACACCAACCAGGCCUUCGAGAUCUCUCUGUAUGGCACUGUGGCGGAGAGUGAGAACAUCCCUUUCACCCUGGUGAUCUUCUGUUCCAGGGAGAAAGUGUCUCAUCUGCAGAAAGGAAAGGCAGCUGUGGUGUUUGUGAAGUGCCAUGACAAGUCUCUGAACAGAAAGUCUGGCUGAAACUGCAAGUCUACAGAAGGAAAAACAGUACAUGAAUUCUGUAAAGAAUGAAGUGACUUUUACAAAAGAUGCCCAGUGCUUUGGGUGGUUAAAAGUGGAUUUUCCUGAGUAUUAAUCCCAGCUAUAUCCUUGUUAGUUAUUUUAGGAGACAGUCUCAAAUACUAAAAAGUGGCUAAUUCAAUGAGGAGUAUAGUGGUCAAAUAGCACAUCUUCCAACAUUAAAAGACAGCAGAUAUGAAAGCACUGCAUUUUGUCCUUUGAGAAAGAAAUAAGAAUUGUUUGGGCCCACGGUAAAAUAAUAAAGCUUCUCUAUGUAGUGAGUUUAGCCAUAGCCUAAAAUUGAUUAGAACCUCAUAUUUUAAUUGGAAUUCUGCAUUUUCUGUACUGAUACCUUCUCAAAGUUUUCUCCAAGUCUGAAUAUAGAAAAUGAUUUUUGUAGUGUGAGUCGGACCCAUUUACUUACCAGUCAAAACACUUAUUAUUUUGGAAUGGUUCUCCUCUUGCCAUUGGGAAGGAGCCCAGGAGUUGACUAGAGCCUGGUGACUUGGAGAGAGAAGAGAAGGGAGCUGAUAAAGCACUGGACCUUAAACACUCCCUGUGGUUGGUUGCAUUAUAACUAAGUUACAAACUAAAGGAGAUAUAUAAUUUAGAUCAAUUGAGUCUUA